AUGGAGAUAAACUAUACCUUUUUGCUGAUCAUUUUUGAAAUACUGGUUAUUCCUUUUGCCCUGUUGGUAGCCUGGGCCAUCUAUUAUGACCUCUCCACAUCAGAAAUUCCCCAUGGAAUUGACCAGCCUGUGAAGCUUCGAAUCCUCCACUGGCUUUUAAUCCUUUCCUCUUGUCUGGGCAAGAUUCUGGAGAACCUCUCCAUCUGCUCCAAGAUUAAUUUCAUUCGUUACACCCAAGAGGGGAAAAAACUGGGUGAUGACCCCAAACUCAGCAUUGAGGAUCUCACAUUUCAGGAAGUCCCUGUGAGGGUUUACCAGCCUGCGGGAUCCAGACCAGAUCAGAGAAGGCGAGGGGUCGUCUACUUCCAUGGAGGAGGCUGGAUGUUCGGAAGUAUAAAUUCCUAUGAUCAUGUAUGUCGGUACCUUGCCAAAGAAAGUGAUUCUGUGAUUGUGUCUGUUGGGUACCGUUUGGCACCCGAGGAGAAAUACCCAUCCCAAUUCCAGGAGUGCCUGGCUGCUAGCAUGCAUUUCAUCAAAGCGGCAAAAGAUUAUGGAGUAGAUCCUUCUCGCAUUAUCAUAUGUGGGGACAGCGUUGGCGGGAAUCUCACUGCCUCUGUUUGCCAGGCUUUAGCAAGUACAGCUGAUCUCACCAGACCACUGGCCCAGGUACUGAUCUAUCCUGGUCUUCAGGCCAUAGAUUUCAACUUGCCUUCCUACCAACAAAACCAGGCUGUCCCAAUUUUGUAUCGAGAACACGUGAUCUGUGCUGCUUUGCAGUAUCUUAACAAGGACUUAUCGGUGCUGGAAAGUGUUGUGCAAGGAUGUCACGUCCCCAGUGACAUAAAAAAGAGAUUUGCGAAAUGGAUUAGUUCAGAAAACAUCCCCGAUGAAUUUAAGGUCAGAGGUUACAAGCCACCAUCAACCAGCUCCUUCGUGGAUGAUGUCCAUGAAGUGGUGAAGCAAGCUUUAGAGACAACCUUCUCUCCGCUUAUGGCCGAAGAUGCGAUUAUUCGGCAGCUUCCCAAGGCGUGCAUCAUCACCUGUGAGUACGAUGUUCUACGGGACGAUGGGAUCCUGUACAAGAAGCGGCUCGAGGAGAAUGGCGUGCCAGUUACUUGGUUCCACAUUGAAGACGGUUUCCAUGGGGUGAUAAACCUAUUUGAUGGGUUUCUGUCAUUUCCCUCUGGCAAAAAGGUGGUGGACAGCAUUGUAGCAUUUCUAAAAGACUUGUGACAGUAAUUUUGUGUUGGGUUUUUCUUUUGCUUAUAAUUACAUUCUAGAUUUCUCUCUCUAGCUGCUUAUGGUUAAUAGCAACUUCCUUUGAAAGUAGGAUAGGUAGGUAAAUUACUCCAAUUUUUUCCCAAAUUUUAUUAUUUUCUCUACAAAUCUAAAACUAAAACAACAAUUAUUCCCAAGACAUUGGACAUACUGGGUUGAAAUCUUACUCUUUUUUACCAUCAAUAACCAUAUUCAAUUCUACAUAUAGUCCUAUUUCUCUAACCAAUAAUAAAAAAAGUUCCAAGUUUGGUAGAAGUAUGU